CGCCACCGAUCGCCUUUGUUUACAUCACCAUGGCCGCGGCAGGCGCGAGGGCGCAGAAGCCUGUAGGCUCUGCAGCGUGGAUCUCCGCCGAAAAGGAAAACUUCAUGCAGCUGGUCGACCAGGAAAUGGAAGAAGUGGAAUACCCAGUGCGCCAUGAGAUGGAUUGGCUGAACGAGCACAUGUCCGAGAUCUUCUCCAACAACCAACUCAAUAUCACAGAUGUCUUCAAGACCCCCGGGAAGCUACGAGGUAAAACUCCGCGCACGGUGCGAAAGCGUGAUGCGAAUGAAUCUCGAGUGCCUCUGAGUGAGAUAUUUUCAUCCGCGCACAACACCAAGUCGGAAAAUAAAUUGGAAGGCAAACUGGAAAACAAGUCUAGUGACAGUCCGGCGGUUCAACGCUCCCCCACGAGACCCGCUGCUGCGACCGCAGCUGCAACCACAGCUCCGCCCACCACGGUGGAAACCGAGGAAACCGAAGAAGCAGAAGAACCCACGGAAACUACGGAAACCAAGGAAACGACAGAAACCGCGACUCAGCCCCGGUACCCAGAUUUGAGCCAAAACCUGAACUCCUUCCCGCAGUUCAACACGGACUCAGGAUACCAUGGCAUGCCGGAGGAAGAGGACGACGAUGAAGAAGACGAUGAUGUUGUGCUGACACAAGUGCAGCCUGAGUCUCAGUCCUCCACUCAGCCCAUGGAUCUAGCGCCCAUCGAGACCGAAGAACCGAUGCAGGAACCACAAGAAGACCGUCGCGCUACAAGGGAUUCGUUCCAUUCCGCUCAGGAAGACGUGCGCCAGCGCGGCGAAACGGCUGAACCUGUUACCGUUGCGUCGCCCCCCAAGCGAACUGCUCAAGCUAGUUCCCCCCAGAAGCAGCCGGAUACGCCAAAACCUGUGGGCACAAAGGAACCAGAGCUCGUUUCAGAUGCGGAGCCGGAGCCUGAAGACAGUCCCAUGCCGGACCGACAGCCCGAGAAUGAGCCCCAAGCAGAAAUUGAGCCAGCACACGAGGAUAAGCCCGAGCCAGAACUCGAGGAAGCUAUGCCCGAGCCAGAACUCGAGCCAGCACUUGAAGAUGAGUCCGAGUCGAAACCCGAAGAAACACCCGCACCCGUACCCGCGCCCGCACCCGAGCCUGAGACUGUACAAGAACCCGAAUCCGAGCAAGAAUCCGAGCAAGAGUCCGAGUCUGAACAAGAGCCUGAGCACGAGAAAGAACCCGAGCCCUCGCCCCAGCUCAAGCCCAGACGCGAAUCAAAGCCUAAACAGUCGGCACCAGAACCACAGCCGAAAGAGGUGGAAAUGGCAUCGCCUGCGAAGACGCCCACUGCGCAGUCCGAACCCGUGCAGGAAGACGAUGAUGAGAAAGACGAUAUGGCCCUCGAUAGUCUUGAUGACAUGGGCUCGCCUUCGGAUGUCUCCCCGGUACGGCCGCCGAUUCGCAAGAGCAGUCUGAGUUUCGCAUCGCUCCCGGCACGCGAGCCGUUGAUGAAGAAAAGCUUGGGAGGCUCGAGGGUCUCUCGCACGAGCCAUCUUGAUUUUGCCAAGCCGAGCAACACCGGAGGCUACCUGGGCAGACAGACCGGGGGACGUAGAACGACGCAGAACGCUUCGGAGGAUGUGCACGAUGACAAGAUGGAUUUAGACGAUAAGAAGGACGCCCCCGAGGAGGAAUCCGAUGCAGAUACCAGGGCCAGCAAGCUCCACACCAAGUCGUCAACCCAGCUUCUGCAUGAGAAGAUCAGCAUGCUGGGCAAGCUCCAGCCGUCGCGACCGACAAAGUCUAUUCCUUCCGCCUCUGGCGUGUCGACCGCUCAAGUGACAUAUCCCGAGCUUCCCACCGUCAAGCCUGAUGCCAAGCAGGAGGCGUCCAACCAGAAACUCCGUGAAACCCCACCUGCUCUUGAGCCCACUGCCGAUGAUGAUUGGAUCAAACCGUUGAACUCGCCGUACAAACCAAACCCCCGAACGAGCCAGAAAGACAGCAUGAGCAAGCAUUCAGGUGCCAAGGCAGCCCGCGUCGCAGACGAAGAUCGUUCCUUUGUUGAUCGGGCCCGCGACUUGGAUGCAGAGGCGCCGACGACCAGCUCGAAGCAAACCUCAGAUACGGCCCGUGACAAGUCCUCGACACCGGUAUACUCAUCACCUCAGCGGCCUAAUCACCAGAAGAGUGCGUCCGCGAACAUUGACUCCCAGUUGUCGACGACCCCAGUCGGCUCUCCCGCAGAACGCUAUGAUGGCCCACUCAGUGCAUCCAAGUCGAGGCUGCAGUCUAUCGUGAAAUCCGCCAAGGGACUGUUUACGAACACCGGUGGUGUUGCAGCAGCCGCGAGGAUGGAAGCUUCCUCUCCGGAGGCACCGAGAUUGCGGCAUAAAGGACGCCUGGAGACCGAUCGCCACGCCGGUGUCCAAAGACCGCAGUCUACCCAGCCCCCGAGUCCUCCGCGCCAGGAGGGUCGCCGGACCCGGAGCUCUACCGAGAGAGAGGAGAAGCGCAGACAGAAGGAGCUUGAAGACCGCCAGCGGGAAGAGGAGCAGGCCGAAAAAUCCCGACAACUGGAGAAACAGAAAGCCAUGAAACUCAGGACGGCUCAGGAGAAGCAGACUGCUGAAUAUGAAGCUCGUGCACCGGCCGAGCCAUCAACCUCGCAAAAGAUACCACAACUGCAGAAACCAUCCAAGGAACCCGAAACUACUGCCGAGGCCGGCCCCAAGAUCCUAGCUCCCUCGCAACAGCAGGCUGCGAAGCAGAAUGAGCGUCGUCUGAAGCCUGCCCGUGAGCUCCAGAAACCGAAACCCCAGCCCGUGUCCAUCCGUGUCGGCAGCGCUCUGUCCCGGCAAAUGCCACUGGCGUCUCAGGUACCCUCCAGCACCCGUGAGUCCAGUGUGCCCGCACCAACGCCAGCCUCGGCUUCGAAGCCACCGACCCUUAAGAAAAAGGCAAGCAACAACUCCCUGCAUACCGCGUCUUCGAACAGCAGCUUCAAGAGCUCCGUGUCCAGCCAAACACAACGGAAAGCCCAGCUUGCCAGUGAGCGGAAGAGAGAGCAGGAGGAACGCGAGACCAGGCGCCGGGAGGAACAACGACGCGAGUUGGAGCGGAAGCGGGCGGCACAGCAACAAGAGGAGGCUCGUCGUCAGGAGAUGCGCAGUCGGGCGGAGGCUGAGCGACGGGAGCGACUUGCCGCUGAAGAUCCCAAGAAGGCUGCCCACAUGCAGGCCAUCGAGAAGCGGCGCCUGGAGAACCAACGACGACUCGAAAGACAAGGAAGCCAACAGCCCGAGGCUCCUCUCGGAGCAGCUCGACCGGCCUCGCGACUGGGAUCCAUCCAGCCAUUCAACCGGUCGAUUAACCCGCCCCAGCCGAAUCCCGCCAAGCCGCCCAAGAGAGGCCUUGAAGAGGAGACCAGCCACCGGCCCACGGCACCCAAGACGGCUACGAUGCAGCCCGCGGGCGAGUCCAAGCGCCGGAGGACAGAGGACGAGCAAAGUCGCAUGUCUUCCAUGCGACCGGCAAUGGCUCCGCCGAUCCGCCAGUCAAACAUCCGCAAGGUGAGUGGUACGCCUUUGAAGCUGACAUUGAGCUCUGCUGACCGUGUAACUACGAAGCCCUCCAUCUUUGGACAUGGACAAACGUCUGCGGCACACCAGCCGGGGUCCUCGAUCUUCAAGACGGCCCAAGCGCCGCGGCCCGGACACCCGCUCGAUAUGGCCAAGUACACCAGCGGCAAGAUUCCCUUCGCGGAAGCGGCCCCACAGCCCGCAGCGCAUCGGACACCCGCGCCCAGUGCGUCGCAGAAAGCGCCGGUGAAGGAGUCGCCAAACUACCCGAACGGCGAGAACAUCAACCUUCCCGAGAUUGCGACGGACAGCGAGGACGAAGACUCGGACGCGGAGAUGCUUCCGGUGCCCAAGUGGGCGCAGGCCAAGGAGCUGGACUCCCUGCUGCGGCAGCAAGAGGGCAUGGAGGUGGAUUCGAUCUUCGGGCCCAUCGCGCCGUUCUCCCUGGAGGAGACGUUCAAGUCGGACAAGAGGGUGAAGAAGUUCCGCGACCGCACGAGCAGCGCGAACUGGUCGGGGGCCGAUGGACUGACGCAGGACGAGAUCCGGCGCGAUCUGGCUGAGCGACAGCGGCUGCGUCUGAACGGCGGCUGGACCUUUGGCAAUUGAUGUUGCAAUCUUUUUCUUUCCUUUCACUUCAUGACUCACUUACUUUGGGAUGGCCAUUUUCCGCAGACAAUAGGGUGGCAGGAUGGACGGAUGGCAUGGCCGGGGGUCUGGCGUUUCUGGGGAAUAUUGGUUGCGUGUUCCAUUCCAGCUAUAUCAGGCAUCACUUAAUGCAUGUAUGCGUCGUUAUUUGGGAAUACAAUUGAUUCAUC